UGCUCCAGGCUCCUGGGUCACACCGACGGAUCCAUCCCCUGCAAACCCUCCUCGGAGACCAAGCCCCUGCAGGUCCCUCCGGAGCUCAGCCAUGUCCACCAGCACCCACAGCCAUGCUGGGAGCCGGCAGUUCCCGGGGAACUGCACCCUGGAGAAGGCCCUGAAGACCAUGGUGGACGUGUUCCACCAGUACAGCAUUCGCCAGGGCCAGAUUGACCUCCUGAGCCUCGGCGAGUUCAGGACGCUGCUGACGGAGAAUGCGCCGUCCUUCCUGACGACCUGUAACAGGAACCAGGCUGGCUACUUGGACAAGCUCUUCCAGGAGACCGACCUGAACAAGGACAAGGAGCUGAGCUUUGAGGAGUUCACCAUCGUGCUCAGCAAGCUGGCUGACGACGCCCAUCGCAUCAGCCACGGCUCCGACCGCUGCGGGCCGGACAAGGACUGAGCCUGGCGUGGAAAACGGGAGAGGGAAGCUUUGGGAAUUGGGCUCUGGCUGCUCCCUGCCUGCCUGGAACAGCCCCUGGAACAGACCCUCCAAUUUGAUCCUAAUUUGGGAUGGGUGACCCUCCAAUUUGGCAUAAUGGCACAAUAAAGCAUCACUUGAAGUUCUCGGA